AUGCCGCUGAUCUUCCCUGGAGCAACGAGGUCCAAAGUUGUCCUCAUUGAAGGCAACAUGUUUCAGCGUCUCGCGCUAGUUGACAUUUUGACUCUUUGCCAAUAUAAUUGUGUAGCCUUUGAAACAACACAGAAAGCGGAGGCGUAUCUCAUCAGCGUCUCCGCAUCUCUGCCGCCUUCCAACUCUCGCCGAAGACUGCAAAAACAUUCCCAGCAUUUUCCAUUGGACAACCCUUCCGCUGCUUCUACCGGGACGUCAAAGCCCCCGUCUCAGUACGGCACUCCAGAGCCACCCCACACAUCUCACUGUGAUGCUUCACCGCUCUCGGUUCGAAGUGAACACAGAGAGACGGGAUCGCUUAAUCCGCCGAGCAACAGUCGAGACGAAACCGCUGGCCUUUUGGAGAGUCUCUCGACAGAUAACGAUGGUCAUGCGCGACCAUCUGGGGAAGCGAGGACCCAUACGGGAUUGCUGCCUCUUUCCUCUUGUCCAAUCCACCGUUCUAUGCCUGGUGACGCAGGAGGCACCGUCCACACUGCUGACCAGGGGAAUCCGUUUGUCACCGGUUCGACUGCAUUCAACCCAGAGAGCGGUGUUUCGAUUCUCACACAGGAGGGUGACCCGUCCGGCGUUCACCGCCUCUCUCUCGCGCCUCGCGGUGCACAUCCGCGAGAGUAUUUCGGCCCUCCCCAAGCAAGCGUGAAGCGAGAUCUGCUCUCUCCUGUUGCCACAUCCUUUGCUGUGGCAGAAAACAACUGUCACAGGUCGAGUGAUGACGGGAGACAUGGGGAACCCCGCAGAGAGGGCGCGCAGACAGUGGACGCUUCGUCAGCCUAUGAUGUCAGCCGUUGCCCCGACUACGCUAAGAACAGUUCUGUGUCGCCAUUUUCACCUUUUUCUGCUAACGCACAAACAGCGAACCACAUGGACGGUCUUCAGGACUCGAUGAUGAAUUUGUCCGCUCACGAUUUCGGUAUGCAGCAAGCAACGGCCGGGCUUCGUGGGUGGAAAGCCAAGGCAAUGCUGCAGGAUACCACUUCAGAGCCACCAAAUGAAGGCCUGUGCAUGGAUGCAGGUCAUCGUCGGCGCAGCAGACUGGGUUGUCAGGUUCUGUGUCUGGACAGCAUUAUGGGACGCAGCAAGGAAAAUGCAUGUACCUGCAGGGAGCCGGCAAGCGCAGAAGGCAGACGCGCUGGGGAGGUGACGAAACAGAACCGGAAGGGUCAAGAGACAGCCCCACAGGUAGAGGGCAUUUCCAAUCGAGACACGAGUCGCACAGGAGAAAACGACUCCGACCUCGCAUUACCGGGAGAAAAACGGGAGGAAGCUGAGCAAGAAGACGGGCUAAAAAUAAGAUCCGAGGAAACUGUCGAGCUCCUGCUGUGCGACCGAAAUGCGCCUGGAAUGCCCUUGACACUUCCUGUGAUCAAGACCUUGUUUACGUUCUUCAACGUCUCGAAGCGUAGUUCGCGGAAAAGUAAGAAGAAGUCUUCCUCGGAUGUUGGACGCACGCCCACGCUGUCCGGGUUGCCGUCCACAAGCCGAGCGGAUUUCAGCGGUGAUGUGGACAUCCGAGGCUGCAACGAAAACUCCUUCCAGAGCAACCAGUCUUCACCGGCGUCCCAUACGGUCAUAUCAUAUAGUCACGAGAACGGGCGUCUUUCAUCUGCCCGCUGCAGCUGCUCGGAGGCAACAGCCCAGCGAAAGCCAGGAGAUGAUGACGACGACGCCGCCUACAGGGGAGAAAUUGAGCGAGACGUGCACAGUGAGGAAGAGGGGAAUGAUGGCUACUGGGAGACGAAGCCUGUGGAACAAGAACGCGAAGAGAAAGAACAAUGGGACUGUGCAUCUCACGAAAGAGUGAGCGACUCAAGACAUCGACGACGGGACGUCGUCUGCUCAUCAAGGCUCCGGGGAGCCUGUCUAGAUCCAGUGUCUCUCACAACUUCCGACACAGCUGCAUCAAGUCCACUGUCCACGUCAGCUUCCUCUCCUUAUUCGCCCCCACCGAGGAACCUUGGGGUCCGUGAGCCUGAUUGGAAGCGCCGAGAUUGUCGUGAGGGUUCGUUGCCUCAUUCUGACCAGUCCGCUUUUCUCUGGACGGCGGGUCGCCUUUCCUCGUCCUCCUCGUCCUCGUCGUCGCUUCCUCCCUCUGUGUGUAUCUCCACCCACAAACACAGGGCGUGCCUUUUAACUGACGCGGGUGGCCUCUGUGUCGCGAAGAGAGGGCGUGAGAAGCAUGAGGCCGAAGACGCGCGUAGGCGCAACGAACACCACCCUAUAGAACGGGAUGCAGGCGAAUCUGUUUGUUGCCGUGGGGAAAAGGAGCAUCCAAAGUGGUUACACGGAUGCUAUGCGUCAUCCGCUCCUGGAUAUGAGCAGAAUGCAAGGCGAAAGACCAUCCCGAGGAUAGAGGAAGGGUUGUCAUCCAGACCCGAGGACGCUCAGUAUCGCGAGGAGCCACUGGCUUCCUCGGGGAGGCAAGCAGGAUGUUGUGAGCCAGAGAAAUCUCCAAGUGUUGUCAUAUCGCUGUCCGCUCUCCGCUUGUCCGCACGUUCUCUCCAGUUCGUCUACCCCAGACAUGAAGAAGACGACAGUGAGAGCAAUUUUGAAUACGAAGGCAGCUCCCCACAGGACAUAUCGUCACUAUCCGAGAGCUAUGCGUCUCGUUGCGAUCGGCGCGUGCUUCCUCCCGCCCACCUGCUCCGCUCCCUCGAUCUCCGUUGUGCGCCUCCGCUUGGCUUCGGAGGGGAACGAGGGGAGGGCGAGAGGCAAAGACAUCAGAUGGGCGCACCGUGCAUGGACCGGGACACCGCAGAGAGAGGUCCAAAGGGGCCCUUGGUUCGCUGGAAGAGAGCGGAAGGCGGAGCGAAGAAACACGGGGGUGACGGAAGAUACAGUGGCGAAUGGCACGACAGAGAGUCCGUGGCAGCGGAAAAACCAAGUGUGAAUCUGCGUGAAGGAAUGGCAUGCCGACAGGUGCUCCCGUGCUCCAUCCCUGACAGAAUACUAAACCUAUACUGCGAUACAAUUGCAGGCCGCGAGGCGAACGUCAAGGAUUUUCGGAGUCAAUCGUCGGCCACGUCACCCUCCUCCUGCGGAGUGCGUACACACCAGCCGUCGGUCAGCUCGUCGUUCGAAAUCAAGAACGGAUUCUGUGCAGCAUUGUUCCAGGAGCUCGAACCGCGACGAGAGCGUGAACGGAUUCUGGACGCGUCUCUCGCGCCUCGCCUCCGUUCUCCUCGAGCCCGCCUCCUGCCGUCAGCUGCAGGAGCACCCCAUGCUGAAAGUGAGACUCCGGCGUCUCGCAUUUCCCUCCUCUACACUCGACAAAAGCGAGUUGAGGAGACAUGGCAUUCCUCCAUUUCGUCGCUACUCCAUGGUAUGGAUCGCACGCCACGCGUCCGCAUUUUAUCUCAACACAGGCUGUCGGGUGGCGAGAGUUCGUUCGGCCGCAGUGACAACUCUGUGACUGACAGUGUCAGGGAGGCGCCUUCCUGGGAGCCUCGCGAAGAUGAAAAAACAGCCCGAAGAGUCGUAUCAGCAGCACUUCUUGCAAAGCAAGCUUUGUUGCCACAGCCCGUGAGAAGUCGCACGGACACCGCCAAUGUCUCGAGGCAAAGAGAGCUUGAAGUGGUCCGUGCGGCUGGGGCCGUUGCGUCCCCGUCGCCUGUGUUACCUCAGUCAGUCCAUUUACAAGGAGAGGCACGGAAGCCACUGGAGGCGAUGGGGCCGAGUUCGAGGACCCCGGAACAGCAUGCGGAGGAGAGCGGAAGCGACGGGGAAAGCAGAGAUGAGAGACAACGCGUGCAACCAAGGGGACCGACAACAGACGAGGACGGACUUCACACUGGCCGAGAGCUUGGGGAGCAUCGCGUGGGGACCGACACAGACGAGAGGACGAGGAGAAGCCUCGACAGCGAGGAAGAAAGCGAUGAUGAGUCGGACGGGGAAGACGCGUCACUGUCUGAAGAAGAGGGAAAGGGAUUCUGCGUGUACGAGAGAGUGUCGAUGAUUGACAGGGGUGCAACAAGCAACGUGCACCUCGUGAAGCGCCUCCCGGAUAUGAAGGCCUUUGCUCACAAGGAAAUCCUUCUCGAAUGCAUGACCCCAGCAGAACAGGACCUCGCCAAGAAUGAGGUUCGGGUCCUCAAGGCUGUCAAAGAUCCGCCAAUGAUUGCCUAUGUGGACAGCUGGAUCGAACCCGGGCAUACGCUGAAUAUAAUCAUUGAAUAUGCGCCAGGCGGCAGCCUGCAGACGUACCUCGAGAGAGCAAAACUCGGCGGCACCCCUGUGCCCACUCCGCUGGUCCGAAAGUGGACAGCUCAGAUUUCUGUCGGGCUUUUGGUUCUCCACGAUCUCCGUAUUCUUCAUCGGGAUUUGAAGCCGAGCAACAUCAUGCUCACAGAAGACCUCGACGUCCGGCUCUGCGAUUUCGUCCGAUUCUCUGGAAUCAGCCGGAGUUUGACGUCCGCUGAAGAGAUGGCUGAGACAGCCGUUGGCACGCCGUUCAUCAUGAGCCCUGAGCUCUGUCAGGGCAAGCCCUACAACGCGUCGAGUGACGCCUGGGCGCUGGGAGUAAUCCUGUUCGAGAUGCUUGAGUUGCGGCGGCCAUUUGGCGGCGAUUCCCUUCACUCUUUAUUCUGGGCGAUUCAGACGGAAGGGCUCAGCUUCCGUUCUUCCUUCGAGGAGCACGAGGACAAUUCCGCACAGAGGUGGCCUUCUGAGGGCGGAGAGCUUGCAAAGUGUCUUGGGGCAGCGUGCGAGACUCUGAAGGGUCGCGAAGCGCAUCCGCUACCGACGGGCGUCACCGAGCAGGCUCGCGGCGGUCUCUUGGCGCGCCGGCCGGUCCGCCCAGUCCCCGUACUGGAUCCAGAGGUGGAGAGCGAAAGGAAGAGAGAGAGAGAAGAUGAAGGCGCGAAACGAGAGGACGAAUGCAGAACAGAGCCAGGAAGAGAGGGACGGAAACGGGGGUGGGACGGGCAGCUGAUGGACGAGGCGUGGCAACAGGAGCAAGUUACAAGGGCGGUGAACGUGAACGCGAGAGAUGGACGAAGGAAGACUGAGACAGAUGCAGGGCGCGGAGGCACGAACGAGGAAGAACCAUUGGAUGAUCGAGAAGCAUUGAAGAAACUCUGCCGGAGGCUCCUAAAGAAGGACCCAGCCGAACGCCCUUCUGCACUCGACAUGUGCACCAGCUCAGUCCUGUAUGCGGACGUGUGCGCGUUUCUUCGUAACCACCGCCGGAGCGACGCGGGCCACUUUCUGCGCCUCCUGGAGGCUCACCGUGCACGCGAGCGAAGCACGGCGUCUCCAAGCCCUCUUCGUUCCGACGCGUCCCGUCCUUGCUCUCUCGCGUUUUCCGAAGUUUCACCAGCGAGCACAGGGGGCCGGUUACGGGCGCUGCCUCACCGGGCGUCGCCGGCGAGACCUCUGACUGACACGGUGUCACCGGCAAGCGCGGAAAGACGCGUCGAAAAAGAUGAAAGCAGGAUGGUGGCUUCUGCGAGCGGCGGCGCGCAGAAAGCGAGAGAAGAAAGCCUUCAGAUGGCAGGUCGAGGGAUGAGUGGCGGUGGCGCAAGAAGCGACGAGGAGACAGGAGGCGAAUGCGCACAUUGCGAGAGAGAGGGACGGCAGGUCGAACACAGCAGAGUAAAGGGGGGCGAUGGGAAAAGAGGCAACGCUUCCACGUCCGUCAUGGAAUUCUAUCCUCAUUUGACGCCUUCCGCAAAACGCCCGAAAUACUUUGCGGGAGGCAAUACCGUCAACACGCGUCGGGGGCCUGGAGAGCUGUAUGUAGUGGACGAGGGAGAAGAGGAAGAAGAUGAAGAGGACAAAGGCGACGAGCACGAAGAGAACGUGGAAGAGGCGGGCGACGAAACGCGUGCGAGGACGGUGAGAAGGGAAGUCGGCAUUGAGGAAGAAGAAGAGGGAAGCGAAACGGGCCAACGAGAUAGGGAACGGCUGAGAGGGGCGGCCGUGGGAGAAGCGGAAGCUGGCAAGAAUCCGCCGCCAGUGUUGAGUGAAGAAGGACGGAAGGAAUCUUCUGGUGACACUUUGUGUGAGGGACACACAGGGACCCUCGAGCGGGUGUAUGCACAACCUGCAGGACUGGAUCCAAGUCGCCAUUCAGGAGCGAUUGCAGGCGGUCUUUCGUCGUCUCUGGCAUUGUUGCCUUGCCUACCUUUGGCGGCGAAGGACGGCGACACAGGGCGCGAGGACGAUGCAGCCGUGUGUGUCCAUCCUAAGUUUUCCGACGCCAAGCAGGAGCCCCUGAGAGACUAUGGGGAACGUGACGCUGGCGUCGAGAUUCAGCACGGUACUUCGUCUCGGCCCCUGCUGCCAUUUGCUUCCUCUUCCCCAUGUUUAUUGUCCUCAUCUUCCUCUUUGUCUUCUUCCUCUGCGUCUUUGUCUUCUUCGUCUCUCGAGGGGGCCAGCCUGCUUUUUCAUCAGCGCGCCGCCCCCGGAGCGCACCGAGCUGGCGGCCCCUCGCCCUCGUCAGCGCUUUCCUCUACUCUGGAUUCCUCACCGCGGUCACCUUCGCGUUCGAUGCAUGCAUGUUUUUCACAUGCAUCGAAGCCUUGUCCCCUUCGCCGAGGCAUCCGUUGCGCGCGUAGUCAACCCGGCAGGACGGACAUGCAAACAGGGGAGGAACUCCCGCUGGACCCUGGGACCGAUUGGGUGCCUUCCCGCGAUAACGCGAAACAGGAAGAGGGGCGAUUUGCGGAACUACGGGGAGGCGGUGAAGGGACGCGAGAGCCUGGAGAAGGUCCAGCGGGAUCUGUGUGCCUGCAGGGGCCUUCUGUGACUGCUCUUGCUUAUUUACCUGUGGGACGCACUUGCUCGUCAGACCUCGCUCCAGCCGGGGAGGGGCAAGAUGUUGACAGCAGGCGAAGACGCAAAGAAGACCGCAGCGACAGACGAGGAAACGACAGGGGAGAGGCGGUAGCGAGAGAACACCGAUCGUUUUCUGCAGGCAUCAAUGACUCCGAAAAGAGGGAACUGGAAGUGGGGAGGAAGCCAAACGCAGCGGAAGAGCUGGUUGGUGGUGACAGCGCUGAAAACACUGAAAGAGGCGGCCGAGUCCCGGACGUGCUUGAGCGACGCUCGGAACGGGAGAACGAACCAUCAGCGGCACCGGGAAACGGCACACGCUCAAACGUAACAAAUUUUCCAAGCGACGACAAGCCGACUCCGAAGACGGAUAGUCGGGAUCUGCUUCUUUCCCCACCCGUGGGUCCGUCGCCUUCCUCACGCUGGAUGGUCCCUCUCUGUUCUCAUCGGUCGUGUUCUCGUCUUCGUCUCACAGCCCUUGCAUCGCCCCCAGGUUCAUCCUCUUGCAACGAUGCUCCUCGCCUCUCUCACGCUUCGUCGGGCUCGUCCAUCCUCCCUGGUCGUGCUUCAGCUGCACACACCUUGUCCAACUACAUCGAGUCGCCCGAGCCUCCUCUGGUUCCUUCUUCCUUGUGUCCUGCGUCGCCUGCGUCCGUUUCGUCUGCCGCGUGCUUGUCGCCUGCGGCUGCCGUUUCCUCCCUUUCCUCUCCCGUGCAUUUCUCGCAGGGCUCGACGCCAGAUCCGUGUCUGACGUCCCCUGCUUCCCCCGUUGCCUCGCUCAGCACGCAGUCGUCUCCUGGGCUGCCUCUCAAGAAGCUCGUUCCGAGCCUAGGACUCACGCGAAGUGCCGGAGGCUUUCCAGCUCCUCUUCGCGGAUUUGGCGAAGGGCGGCUGAAGGCAGAGACCGCGGGCUCCCUCCUGAGGGCUCGAGGCCAGCCUCAUCUUGCCGGAAGUCCACCUUCGCCUUCCCAGCGCCGAAGCAGCGGCGCAUCCUGGGUAGCCCGCAAACCACGGCGCGAGACUCGGCUUUGCUGCGUGAAGAGCUCGACAUCGCGCGCAGCAAUCGCCCACGCCAUCCGACGCAUUACGCGGCUCCGGCGGCCCAGCCGCCGCCAGCGGAAGGAGACACUGGAGCGCCUAGAGGCGGAACGCGGCGGAGAAAGCCACCCCGAGGGCGGGCCCCAAAAGGCGAACGGGAGCGAGCGGCGCCGAGACAAAGGGCUGGACUGCCGGCGGCGAACGGGCAAGUGCAGCAGUGGCGAGAGGGAUCCAGGGGAUCCUGAGGAAGCCGUGGUGCGGCGGCAAGAAGAGGAAAGACUGGACCAACUAGACAGGCAAGGCGCGGAGCAACGGUGGCGCGGUGCGGGAAGCGAUCCGGAGGGCGAUUGCCGUUCAGGCGUGAGGGAAAAAGCUGCGCGGGCGUCAUUGUGUUGGAUGCGCAAAUGCGCGGAUCGUCGCCCUACAGGCGGAAUGGCUCUCGCGCCUGGGAACAAAGGCCCAGCGGGAUGUUUCCACAGUUUGUCUGCAUCAUGCUCUUCAUUUGCGUCGCCCGGGCGUGCUACUGCUCGUCCAUUCGCGCGUGAUUCUUUCUCGGUUCCGCCUCGCGCUUCUUCGGCUCUCUGUCUCCUCGCGAGGUUUGCCUCUUCUGCCGCCUUCUCGGCUUCCUCGUCGGCUCUCGCGCGGCCGCGCCUCCUCGCGUCGGCCUUCCCCGGCAGACCCUCCGAAGCGACAGAGCGAGCUGAGACGCUCCCCGACUUGAAACGCGAAAACUGGAAGGAUCGACGAAGCGGGCGCGCCGACGCAGAAGCGGUGGAAGGGUCGAACGCGAACGGAGCGACGGGGGACCGAGAGGCGAGAGGCGAAUCUCGACUUGUCUCUCUUCCGGUCGCAAACCAUCGAGGGAUUGGAGACGCAAGCGGCGACGGCGCGCACGCGAAACUCGACACGAUGCGUGGCGAGGGACGCGAGCAGAAUGGAGACAGUGACGGAGAAGACACAUCUGUAGAAGAGGGAAGCUCCUUUCGCUUCGAGUGGUUUUGCACGUUUCUUCUGUUUCUGUGGUGCGCCCGCGCAUGGCUCACCGGCAGCGACGGAGGAUGUGGAGAGAAACGAAAACAUCUCACGGGUGACUGGGGUGACGCGGAGGCGGAGAAGGAUCCAGACGACAGAGGCAGCCGGGCGGCAGGUCGCCAGGUCGAGGCGAACGUAAGGAUCCGAUUUUUCCGACGCCAACAAUGGAUAUAG